UUAAUGAAGAACUUGAUGAAUAUAUUUGGGUGGAUAAAGAAAUCAAUGAAAAAACUGAUAGUUACUUUGAAGUUUUACUAGCAGCUGCUAGGAAUAAUAAUUCUUGGAAAGUUGCAGGUAGACCUACUUAUAAUUAUGGUGAUUCUGGAAGAACAUUAAGACGAAAAAAAGCUGAACUAAAAAAAGCAGCACAAAACACAAAAUCUAUUACUUUCUACUUAUCUUUAACCAAUUCUUUAAGGUUUAAUGUUGCUUCGACAUCUACUCAUAAAUUUUUAGCUGCAGAUGCAGCAGUGCAAUUAAUGAAAACAAAUUUGGUUGAUGAGGCUGUAGAUACAAUAGUGAUUGAUGAAGAUGGAGAUACAAUAAUGGUUGAUAAUGCUGUAGAUUCAAUAGUUGAAUUAGUGGAAAUAAAUGUGAAUGAUAAUAAAGCCUGUAUAAAACGAGCAAUUGAGGAAUUAGACAAUAUGUUAGAGAAAGACAGUAAACAAAUUGAUAAAGGAACUAAGGUUUGUUUACAAGCUGCAUUGCAAUAUUUGCAUUUGAGAUAUCAAGGUUGGACCAAAAUAAAUUUAAGUGCGACAAUUGCUGGGUCAUUAGGCUGA